CGUCUUCUCACAAUUACAAAGGUACUAUGUCUGGACGCGGCAAGCAGGGCGGCAAGGCUCGCGCCAAGGCCAAGACUCGCUCCUCCCGCGCCGGGCUGCAGUUCCCCGUGGGCCGCGUGCACCGCCUGCUCCGCAAGGGCAACUACGCCGAGCGCGUGGGCGCCGGCGCCCCGGUGUACCUGGCGGCCGUGCUGGAGUACCUGACGGCCGAGAUCCUGGAGCUGGCGGGCAACGCGGCGCGCGACAACAAGAAGACGCGCAUCAUCCCGCGCCACCUGCAGCUGGCCAUCCGCAACGACGAGGAGCUCAACAAGCUGCUGGGCAAGGUGACGAUCGCGCAGGGUGGCGUGCUGCCCAACAUCCAGGCUGUGCUGCUGCCCAAGAAGACCGAGAGCCACCACAAGGCCAAGGGCAAGUGAAGUGAUUAUCAGCUUUUCAGUGGCCCCUAUUCCUGGAUAUCAAAGGCUCUUUUCAGAGCCACCCAUGUUUUCUGUAAAGCGCUGCGAUGCUUUUUAAGCACAGUAAACAUUUAACUGACAACGGCAGAUUUCACGGAAGCUAACAAGUUUUCACAUUUCCAAAUGGAAACUCAGACUUGGCCCAGGAGAGGUUGGCUUAUUUACUGUUUUGCAUUAUAAGCCGUUUCAGAAAAGAACAACUCUGAAAUCAUUGCGAAAUGCACUUGCAAAUGCGCUGGGAGAAAAGUACAAUUUCACGUUUAAAGAAUGGGUUUUAGCCUCUGUAAGCAAAGGUUACCGAAACUAACGUGAAGAUGAAUAUUUGGUGUAGGUUUCUAUUCAUUACUCUAAAUAGACAAAUAUGCAUAAUUGGAUGUUAACAGUCUCAGAAUACUUGAAAAGAAUAAAGGCCAAAAUGAUAAUUAAAAUAUGAGAGAACAAAGAAAAAAACUGACCAGUCACAUUUCAGGGCGGGUUUUUUAAAUUAUACAGAUGAGGACAACUGUAUUAGGGCAAACCUCACAGUACGGGGCGAUAAAGCAAACUCAGCUUAUAAAUAUUGAACAGCAUGAUACAAACACACAGCUGCGCUCUUAGAGCCAUAUGAAACAAAACAUUCCAAGUCCACCAGCGGCAAGGCACCGCACAAGCAGCUGGCUAACAAGGCGGCCCGCAAGAGCGAGCCGGGCACUGGCGGCUUGAAGAAGCCUCGCUGCUACGGUUGCCCUGGGGCUGCGCGCGAUCCGCCACUACCAGAUCCCCUCAGCUACUGAUCAGAAAGCUGCUUAGACUGCACAAGACCUCACAUCUGACCCGCGCCUCCAGAGCUCACAGUUUUCAUGGCGACUAUGUGACCUUUGGGUCUAGUGUGCCCCAGAUAGAAAAUACAUUACAGGAGCAGCACCUCUUUACCUGCAAAUCAG